AUGAAUCGCAUCAUCAUGAACUUCCUUAACUCUCAAGGCAUCACCGUAAGCAGCACAAGCCUUGGCAACAGCGAAGAACACCGACUUUUGGGGUUUGAUCCCACGUGCCCGCAACGAAGCAUAGAGCUUUAUGGCCUCAUUUGGAAGUCCAUCGAAUCUCGAGCAAUAAUGAGAUAUUAUGCUGAAAAAUAUAGAUCCCAAGGUGUUGAAUUGCUAGGAAAAACAAUAGAAGAAAGGGGUCUAGUGGAACAAUGGUUAGAAGUUGAAGCACAAAACUAUAACCCACCUGCAUAUAACUUGGCCCUUCAUGGUUUAUUUCCUUUCCAUCAACAGGAGGAGUCUCCUAUAGUGCGUGAGGAGGAUGAGGUACAUGAGCAGGUGGAUGUUGCACCUUCUCAUGAGGGAGAACAUAUGGAGGAGGGGCAUGAUGGAGCUCAGGGACCUGGUGAGCUCACACGGUAUCCUGGAGGACCUUAUGAUUUGUCUGUCCUUACACGAUAUUGUCAUCAUGUUUCAACUAGACUGUGA